GGAAGAGUUCUGCUUUGACAUGUGUUUUGCAGAGGGGGGAAGAGGAGUGAGCAUCGCAGAGACACCGUUUGGAUGCACACGGUUAAAUUUCAGGGCAGCAAGAUGAAGAAGCAGGGGGAGAGCCAGUGCACUCAGAAGACCAUCUCAUUGCUGAGCCCCCUGGGGACGAUCCAAGUCAGUGGAUGUGAGAAUGGUGUGCACACCAUCCAGAUCCUAAUGGAUGUCGCACCUGCUGAAAGGAGCAGCGGCGGCCCCCUGAGCUGUGUGGUCAACGAUAGCCUGGCAGAAACGAGCCCUGAGUUGCAGCGCUGCGUUGAAUGGCUCCAGGCGUACUUCAGUGAGCCGCAGACCACUGGGAGUCUCCCGCUCCCUGGCUUUCACCACCCCGCCCUGCAAGGAGAUUCAUUCACCAGCCGCGUGCUGCAGGUACUUCUGAGACAUGUGACGUUCGGAAAGACGGUUUCAUACAAACGCCUCGCCGAGAUGGCGGGAAACCCCAGAGCGGUGCGGGCGGUGGGAGGGGCUAUGAGGAAGAAUCCGGUUCCUCUCCUCAUUCCUUGUCACAGAGUCAUUUCUAGCAGUGGACAGAGUGGGCCGUACAUGAGCGGCAAGGGCAACCAUCUCAAACAAUGGCUGCUCACCCAUGAGAGGCAGGGAGGGGAAGGCUAAAGCAUGACAGAGCCCAACUGUCCUUCA